GACUUAAGUUUCACUUUUGAUCUUGUUGGUCGGUUGACAUUCUGUGUAGCAGCUCAUAUUUGCGGUGCUCUGUGGAAGAAAACUUUGUUCUGUACACUGAGGUCGAUUUCUUUUUGACAGAAAUUAACCAUGAUGUUACGAGGGAAGACUUGGGUAUGCGGUUUCAUCUGCCUUGGGCUUGUCACAUUAUUCGCUCAGUGCCAAAGUCAAAGCAAAGGCUCUACACAUUCAAAACACUUAAGACUCUUUUUGGUUGGAAAAACCGGUUCAGGAAAGAGUGCAUCUGGAAACACCAUCUUGGGAUAUUCAGCCUUUAAAGAAGAUGCAUCACCCGAGUCUGUGACAAAAACAUGUCACAAACAACAGAUACAAGAUGGAGACAGAGACAUUGUUGUGAUUGAUUCCCCCGGGUUAUUUGAUACAAUCAAAUCACCAGCAGAAGUGAAAGCAAGUAUUGAGGAAUGCAUCAAACAGUCAGUUCCUGGACCCCAUGGCUUCCUGUUGGUGAUCAACCUACAUUCAAAAUUCACUCAGGAGGAGCGAGACACUGUGAAGUGGAUCCAGGAUAAUUUUGGCUCUGAUGCAUCCUCAUACACCAUAGUCCUGUUUACACAUGCUGACGCACUGCGUGGUAAGUCACUGGAUGACUAUAUAGCGGAAAGUGAACACCUAAAGAGACUGGUAAACCAGUGUGGAGGAAGAUAUCAUUUAUUCAACAACGAGAAGAAGUCCAAUCGACGCCAGGUUAGAGAACUUUUAGAUAAAAUCGAUAGGAUGGUGAAAUUGAAUGAAGGAAAUCACUACACCAGUAGCAUGUACCAGAAAGCCCAGAGGGCACUGGAAGCAGAGGAAAAGAGGAAGGAAGAGCAAAAGAGACAGGAGGAAAGAGAAUCAAGGAAAUUUGAGGAGGAGAAGCAGAGAGAGCAAAAGUGGGAGAGAGAGAGAAAACGACAUGGCUGGUGUAAACUAAUAAACCGUGUUUCCAGGGGAGUGUUAUUAUUAGGAGGGUAUUAUUCUGUAUAUACGGUUGUUGAACUAGGUCAUAUUUUGGGCUUUUUAUCUGAAGACUGUGAUUUGGUAAAUUUUGUGUUCAGUGAAGAAUAGGAUUUGUGAUAUAAAAGGUCACAGAUCAAUGAGUGGAUGCAAAUCAAUAAGAGAGAAAGUAUACAACAAACUAAGUGCUGUGGAUGAAGAAAAUCUAAAGGAGGUAAAAAGGUGUGUGACAAUGAUGGCAUCCUCCCCAAGACACCAAACUGCAGAGGGUGUAAUUGUCCUCUGCUAUCUGGCAAACCCAACUAAAAACAGCCUAUAAGAUACUUCACAACAACACCAUGUGACCCUUCUGAGGAAGGCUACAGGAAGUAGCUGGAAGACGUCAAGGAUUACGUUUCUUUCUUAAUUGUUUUACUUCCAGAAAAAGAAAAUGUGUUUUUGAUACAAGAACGUAAAGCUGUUCUUGCCUCUAAACCAAGACUUUUAACCUGUAUGUGUACAGUAUGGGUCCUAUGAAGAUCAGCUCUAAAUUCAGCUGGGCCUGACAUCACUGCUCUUUUAGAGCCUUGUGUAAUGUUCCUUAUCCCUACUUUACAGGGGAAUUUUGGCUAAUUUCUAUUUGGAAUACUUUCCAUGAAUUAAACCAAUGCAACUCAGCAACGUUCAUUAUUUGUUAUGUUAUAUAGUAUUCUGUGAAGAUUAAAGUGUCAUCUCCCAGAUCUAAACCCACAACCCUAAACUUGUGAAGGCAACCAGUAGCCUAUCCAAAAGUGUUUGACACAGGAUGAGUGUGUGAAUUCUUCCUUCCCCUGACAAGCAUUUACCAGCAAUGACAACAGGAUGCAGCAGUACGUGCAGAGUGUGACAGCUGCGGCAGUUUUUAGAAGGAACAGGAUUUGCUUUCUUGAUGCUUGCAGCCAGGAGCUUUGGAUCUGCACAAACCCAAUCUGGCAGGGAAAAGCAAAAGUGACUGUCCAAGAAACAAAAACAGUAACAGAAGCUAAAGCAAAAGCAAUAAGCAAAAAAAAAAAAAAAAAAAAAUAUAUAUAUAUA